GUAAGGGAGUCCGUCCCGCGGCUACCGUGGAAGCUGGAGAAGUACUUCCAGAGCCGGAAGGCGGACGGCGGGGAGUGCACCGUCCGGCGCGGCGGCGGCGGCGCCCAGGGCCCCUUCGAGGUGCAGUUCAGGGAAAGGGCAGGUGAGCUGCCGCGCAGGGGGCGCCCCGACCCGGUUCAGGCUGACCUGGGAGAGGGCGCGGGACACAGUACGGCACCGUCCGGUGGGGGACGGGAGCCGGGGCUCCCGCUGCCCAGAGGCGCAGCCCGACCACGGAGGCCGGGGUUCCGGAAGUGCCCGGUGCCUGAUGCGCUCUGACAGCGGUUAGACGUGACGCUUGCCAGGAUCCUCGCCUGACUCGAAUUUCUUAGCUCUUAGAACACUCUUCUCUCUCCCUGAACCUCGCAGCUAAGGAGAGAGUGUUGAAAAAAGGAACUCACCAAAUGGAGGUUGAUAACAAACCUGUGACUAUUAUCCUGGAAUCCGUUGAAAAUUUCUUGGCCCAGCCAAGAGAAGGGGCAAAGUCUGACGAGAAGCAUCCAAACAAAAAACAUAUUCCUGUUGCGGAGGAGUGCUGUGUCCAAAAGAUCUUUCUUGGUGUCACAGCUGACCUGAACUGUAACCUGUUCUCUAAAGAGCAGAGGGAACACAUAACCUCUCUCUGCCCCAAUAUCAGAAAAAUGGAGGGCAAUGAUGGAAUUGAGAAGGUGUAUGGUAACUUCAGAGAUAUUGAAAAAAUACAUGAAUUCCUGAAUGCACAGCUCCUGAAGAGUAAACAGAAACAUGACUCUUCGCCUGUGACAACACAGAGGGAGCCCUUCCAUCUGCAGGACAGGUGUGUUUCUCCCUCUGAGCAAAAAAUCACAUCAGCAGAGAAAAGCAACCGUUAUGAAGCUUCCUUGUGUUCACUUGAAUACUUCAGAUAUAUUUAUCCUGAUAAAAUAGACUCAAUAGAGAAAAAAUUUGGUAUAAAAAUAAAAAUUCAGGAGACUUCUCCGAAUAUGGGCUAUGUAGACUUCACCUCUAGUCAAGCAGGUAACCUCAAAGCAGCUCAUGAGUCUUUUGCCAGUGAAUUUCAGAAGAGUGUAGGAACUCUGAAUCAAGUUUGUAUCACCUUAGCAGAUAGUCAACAGGCAAAGGAAGUCAAACAACAGUUGAAUCAGCAGUUUACAAAGCUCCUUAUAAAGCAGAAAGGAGGAGAAUUAACUCUCCUUGGGCCCCUAGAUGACACCUCAGCUGCCAAACAUUUUUUUGCCUCCAAAAUGACUGAAAGUCAUGUCAAGGUACCUAUGAAAAUAUUGACCCCCAGGCACAUGAUGAAUGGAAUUGAGGUUGACACUGCUCGUUAUAAGCUUUUAGAAGCUGAAUUACUCCAGGCGAUAUCAGAGAUUGAAAAGAAGUAUAACACUCAAAGGAAGAUUGUGGGAAAAGCUCAGAAAACCUGCAUUCUAUUCGAACCAAAGGACAAGGAGGUAGAUCUGUCUGUGCAUGCUUAUGCAAGUUUCGUUGAUGCCUAUCAACAGGUCUCAUGUCAGCUGGUGAGAGAAGUUUUUUCACUUUUGGGCAAGGAGACAAAGCACUUAUCUGGGACCAAGUUCACUGACGACUUUAGAGAAAGGCAUCCAAAUAUACACUUCGCACUAACUCAGGAGUCAGCUGUUUUGACUGGGUUGCCAAAUCACCUUGCAAAGGCAAAGCAGUAUGUCUUAAAAAGAUGGGCAAUGUCUCCAUCCGCUGGAGAGAAAUGGAAUGCAACGCCCAUGGACAUUGAUAGUACUGAUUCAAAAACAGCUUCCCCAAGAUUCCAGCACUUUGCCAGUUCUGGGGUGUCAGGAGUAGAUAAGGAAGAGGACACAUGUGUCAUCUGUCUGGACAUCAUGAGAAACAAACGAGUGCUACCAAAGUGCAAGCAUGAAUUCUGCACCCCUUGUAUCGACAAAGCCCUGUCCUAUAAGCCGACCUGUCCUGUGUGCCAGACUUCCUAUGGUAUCCAGAAAGGGAAUCAGCCAGAAGGAACAAUGUAUGUCACUGUCACAAAACACUCACUUCCAGGUUAUGAAUCCUGUGGCUCCAUUAUGAUUCAUUAUAAUAUGAAAGGAGGCACACAAACAGAAGAGCACCCAAACCCAGGCAAGAGCUAUCCUGGAAUACAGCGAACUGCAUACUUGCCUGAUAAUGAAGAAGGAAAGGAGGUUUUGAGAUUGCUUCGUAGGGCCUUUGAGCAAAAGCUUAUCUUCACAGUGGGGUACUCUCGAGUAUUGGGACUCUCAGAUGUAAUUACCUGGAAUGAUAUACACCAUAAAACGAGCCGUCAAGGGGGACCAGAAAUGUAUGGCUACCCUGAUCCUAAUUAUCUGAAACGUGUCAAACAGGAGCUGAAAGAUAAAGGAAUUGAGUAAGAAGACUACUGGAAGAUGUCUUGAGCCAAGCUUCCAAAAGACACAGUUGAAGAAGCAGAGUGAAUGCCAAUCUAAAUCCUUAUGUAGAAACACCUGGAAAAGUUUUCAUCUAAGAAACAGUUUGUAUAAGAGUAAGGAUCUUCAGUUGAAACACUAGUUGCCAAUUGAUCCUCUUUUUAUUGCUGUCUCUGGGGUGAUCCUUUAGUUUUUUUGUUUGUUUGUCCAUUAAGUAUCCUAAAAGCAAAAUCCUAGUGUGAAUGGGAGAGAAAAGGGCUAUGGUUAUGGUUCCCCUCCAUCCUUCAUGGCCAGAAGAGUGGCCCAGAGCAGAAAUCAAACAACCUUUGGAAAUAAAAAGGCUGUUGUUUUUCACAGCACAGAACCUGGUA